GCAGCAUCAACAUCAGCAGCGGACCCCCCCGCUCAGCUCCGCGCCCCGCUCACCCCCCCCUUCCCAGCACAGACGGUCCCAUGGCCACCAAAAUCGACAAAGAGGCGUGCAGGGAGGCGUACAACCUCGUCAGGGAUGAUGCCACCGACGUGAACUGGGUGACUUUUAAAUACAACGGCUCUACCAUCGUCCCCGGAGACCAAGGGGUAGACUAUGAAACCUUUAAAAGGAAGUGCACGGAUGAUGUUAGAUUGUUUGGCUUUGUCCGAUUCACCACCGGGGAUGCCAUGAGCAAGCGAGUCAAGUUUGCCCUUAUCACUUGGAUUGGAGAGGAUGUCAGUGGCCUGCAGAGAGCCAAAACUGGGACUGAUAAGACUCUGGUCAAAGAAGUAGUACAGAACUUUGCCAAAGAAUUCGUGAUCAGUGACCACAAAGAGCUGGAUGAGAAUUACAUCAAGAGUGAGCUGAAGAAAGCCGGGGGGGCUAAUUAUGAUGCACAGAAUGAGUAAACAUACCAACCUCCUGGCACCAUCACCUGGGUCUGACAGGGGGAGGAAAGGCACAACAAGCUAACAACUGAGAGAUGAGGCAACUGAACCCCCCAGCUUUCUGUGUGUGCACACAAGAACUCCCUUUUUCACAUACGGUGGACUUUCCAUUCCAUAUCAUGAAACGUCACUCUUGGGGUGUUUGUUUUUCUCUUUUCUCCAUUUUUUUUUUACUCAUAACUCUGUGGGUGUUCUCACAUCUGUGGAAUUUAGGUUUGUAUCUGCUUUUGGUGUUUUUCAGCAUUGUGUUUGUAGAGGCUUGCCACUGUGUCCUUCUUCCUGUGCAUGCAUGUCUGUGUCUUUUAGUUGGGCUCAAACCUGGUUUCUGAGGGAAGAAAGUUUUGGGGGAGUUCUAAACAUCGAUUAAUUUUUCUAAAUUCCUUCAGGUUGAUAUUCUUGGGGAUAAUGCUUUUUGCUCUGCUGUGCUCAGAUCAACUUGAGCCAACUUCACUGAAACAUUGAUUAAAUUGUCUAAGUUUAAAUGUCCAGCUGAGAUGUACUCUAGGUUACCCUGCUCUUGCAGGGGGGUUGGAGGAGAUGAUCUUUCGAGGUCCCUUCCAACCUUUGUGAUUCUAUGAGAUGUUAUCAAACAGCUUCAACAACAAAGCAAACAAAAUUCUUCAGCUCCUAAAUGGGAAACAGUUUGCCUUAAACAUUGCUUGACAGUUGCUAUGCUCUGUGCUGCAUCUCCAUCCCUCCCUCUUCAAAAUACGAUCCAUCAUGAUCCAGAUGUAGGGAUUUUGUUGAUUUUCAGAGGUAUCAAGGCACAGUAAACCGAGUGGCUUAGAAAUGUCUGAACACUUGUUCACUAUUUUGUGUACAUUGGUCUCUGGGUUUAUAUUUGACUUUCUUAAUGCUGGGGCUCAGGAGGUAAAACUGAAAUGCACAGAUUUCCUUUUUAAAUGGAGUCUGCAAACAGCGCAGCCACUGAAUCCUAGCAGCCUUUUCUUGCCCAUGUGCUCCCUGCUCUUUAAGCAGUUAAACACAACACCCUCAGUUAUCUGGGGCCUUUAGGAAGUGAACUUUCCUCUAGCAAUGAGUACGGGAUAGAGCGCAGCAGCUCUAUUUAUGUGGGGAUAAUACAUUCAACAGCAAAGACCCAGAGAGAAGCUGGGCGCUGUUUGUUUUGUAUCAACCUGUUUGUCUGGGGGGCUUCUUUGUAUGGCUUUUUCAUUUUUCAUCAAAUGUAAUUGUCUUCAGAAUUACAUGUAGAAGGGAACUAUGUUGUACUGGGGCUUGGGAGUCUUGCUAUAAACCCAUGACAGAAAUAAAUGUUUUUCAAAAACA